AUGGCGGCUAUGGCGGGCGGCAUGGGCGGUGGCGGCGGCGACAUGCAUUCCUCCAUGCGGCCCUACAUGCGGCUGCAAAACCUCUUUGUCCGCGAGAUCGACACCAGCCUGCCGCGCGACGUCGUGAUUUCGGAGCUCCAGAAACACUGCGGGCCGUCCAUGGGCAAGGUAGUCGUGCCCGUGUCGGACUCGACGGGCGGCAUCCUGGGCAUUGCUUACCUCAAUUACCUCAACCAAGCUGAAGCUGCGCGCGUGCUGGAGCGCAUGCGGUUCUCCAUGACCGUCUGCAACAAGCCCGUGCGGCUGACGCACGCUGUGGAGCCGCGGUGGCGCGACCACCUGUUUGGGCCCUUCGGGUUCAGGUUCCAGCUGAAUAUCAAGGGCCUUUCACACGAGGUGGACGAGCCCACCCUUUUUGAGCGGUUCUCGAAGUAUGGGGACGUCUACCAGGUCAGGGUGGAGGAGGACGACUACAGCCGCCGCAGCGCAUCGCCCAUCUGCGGCCAGCGCGUGAGUGUGGAGCAGCACGUGGGCCGCGGGGGCUACGGCGGCAGCGGCGGCGGCGGUGGCGGCGGGGCCAUGGCCGGCGGCAGCAUGGGCAGUGGCAACAUGGGCGGCGGCAGCAUGGGGGGCGGCAAUAUGAGCGGCGGCGGCAUGGGACCCGGCGGCCAAGGCGGCCCACCGCUCCCGGGAACGCACGCCGACAUCAACUGGAACUUUGGCAACGCGCGCCGCCCCUCGGGCAGCAGCUCAGCCAGCGGCGGCGGCCAGGCCCCGCACCCUGCGGGCGCAGGCGCGGGCGCGCCCGCACCUGUGCCCGGGAUGCUGCCCGGGGUGCCCGCGGGCCCAGGCGCGCACCACGGCCCCGGUGCGGCCCGCGCGCCCUACGCGCCAGGCGCGGGCGUGCAGCCGGCGCCGCCGCGGCGGCAGUCGUCGCCGGGCCUGGCGCCGCACCUUUCGAUCAUGCUCGACAAGCAGAGCGAGUCCCUCGGGAUCCCCGUGCCAGGAUCGGGCGACAACGGUGCACAGGGCGGUGGCAACGGCGCACCCGCGGCGGCGGCCGUCAGCUACGACUCAUCUGCGUCGGGCAUGAGCGACCAGCAGCAGCAGCAGCAGCAGCAGCAGCAGCAGCAGCAAAAGCAGCAGCAGCGGCAGCAGCAGCACCAGAACCAGAACCAGAACCACCCCCAUCACCACGCGCCGUCGCACCACCAGUCAUCCUCACACGCCGCGGGGCCCCACACCACUUACGCGCCCGCAACUGCCAACGGCGGCCCAGGCACUGCCGGCACGGCGGCUUCUCAGCAUGCCAAUGCAGUGGCAGUGGCGGCGGCCACUGCGGCAGUGCAGCAGAUGCACAUGCGGACUGCGAGUGGCAGCUUUGCGCCCCCCCACGCCGUCGCGCCAGGCGUGCGGACCCUCAUCAAGCAAGCCGCCAGCCGCCUGGAUAUGAUGGCCGAGCUGCUGCGCUGCCCCAUCACGCGGGAGGUCUUCCGGGACCCCGUCGUCGCCAGCGACGGCCAGACGUACGAGCGCGCCGCCAUCACCAGCUGGAUGAGCCAGAGCGAGACCAGCCCCCUGACCCACCAGCCCCUGGCUCGCGGCGUGCUGCUGCCAAACAAGCUGAUCAAGUCGAUGGUGGACGAGCUCGCCCCCCCUGGCAUAGUGAUCUGA